AUCCCCAGAACCCUAGUGGAGAGAGAGCUCGAGGUCGCCAUGGCGACGACUCGCGAGUCCACCGCCAAUUCCACCCUAACGAGCGCGACGGCCGAGGCUGACGCAGAGCGCGAGCAGGAGCACGGCAACGGCGCGGCUGCCGCCCCUGCCGUGGUGCAGCAGCAGGAGGAGGAGGACGGGGAUGAGUUGAUCGGGCCGGGCCCCGCGCCGCCGCAGAAGCGGCAGAAGCGCCCGCUCCAGUUCGAGCAGGCUUUCCUCGACGCCCUCCCCUCCGCCGCCAUGUACGAGAAGAGCUUUAUGCACCGGGACGUCGUCACCCAUGUCGCGGUCUCCCCCGCAGACUUCUUCAUUACCGGGAGCGCUGAUGGACAUCUGAAAUUUUGGAAGAAGAAACCUAGUGGGAUUGAAUUUGCUAAACACUUCCGGUCUCAUCUCAGUCCCAUCGAAGGCUUAGCUGUCAGUGUCGAUGGCUUACUUUGCUGCACGAUCUCCAACGACCGGUCUGUCAAGAUAUACGAUGUUGUAAACUAUGACAUGAUGUUCAUGAUGCGUCUCCCAUUUAUUCCUGGGGCGAUUGAGUGGGUUUAUGGACAGGGUGAUGUUAAACCGAAACUUGCUGUUAGUGACCGGAAUACAUCUUUUGUUCACAUCUAUGACACUCAUUCUGGUUCAACCGAUCCAAUUAUCUCCAAAGAGAUUCAUUCUGGCCCUGUAAAAGUUAUGAAAUAUAACCAUGUUCAGGAUGUUGUGGUGUCUGCUGAUGCCAAAGGACUGCUGGAAUAUUGGUCUCCAUCUACCCUCAAGUUUCCAGAAGAUGCGGUUAACUUUCGUUUGAAGACAGACACAAAUCUAUUUGAACUUGCAAAAUGCAAGACGAGUGUGUCUGCUAUUGAGGUGAGCAACGAUGGCACUCAAUUUGCUGUCACAUCCCCUGAUCGCAGGAUAAGGGUAUUCUGGUUCAAAACUGGUAAAUUAAGGCGCGUGUAUGAUGAGUCCCUCGAGGUGGCACAAGAUCUUCAGAAAAGUGAUGUUCCGUUGUAUCAUCUUGAUGCUAUUGACUUUGGGCGAAGAAUGGCUGUUGAGAAGGAAAUAGAAAAGACAGAAAAUGUUCCACAACCUAAUGCUGUAUUUGAUGAGAGCGGCAACUUUCUUAUUUAUGCCACCCUUUUGGGCAUAAAGGUUGUAAAUUUGCACACGAAUAAGGUUUCCCGCAUCCUGGGGAAGGUAGAGAACAAUGAGAGGUUUCUGAGAAUUGCUCUAUACCAAGGCGACAAAGGCAAUAAGAAGGUUAGGAAAAUCCCUGCAAUAGCUGCUAAUGUCAAUGACACCAAGGAGCCUUUAUCAGACCCUACUCUGCUAUGCUGUGCCUUCAAGAAACACAGAAUAUAUACCUUUAGUCGUAGAGAGCCUGAGGAGCCUGAAGAUGCAACUAAGGGUAGGGAUGUUUUCAAUGAAAAACCCCCACCAGAAGAGCUUUUGUCUGUAUCAGAGCUAGGCAAGACUGCUACGACAUCACUACCUGACAGUUUGGUGUUUCAUACUUCAAUGGGUGAUAUUCACUGUAGACUAUAUCCAGAAGAGUGUCCAAAAACCGUGGAAAAUUUCACCACUCACUGCCGGAAUGGUUAUUAUGACAAUCUCAUAUUUCAUCGUGUAAUUAAAGGGUUCAUGGUCCAAACUGGGGAUCCUUUGGGGGAUGGUACUGGUGGGCAAUCAAUCUGGGGUAGGGAAUUUGAAGAUGAAUUUCACAAAAGCUUGAGACAUGAUAGGCCAUUUACACUUUCAAUGGCUAACGCGGGACCGAAUACUAAUGGUUCUCAAUUCUUUAUCACCACUGUUGCUACUCCAUGGCUAGAUAACAAACAUACCGUGUUUGGUAGAGUUGUGAAAGGGAUGGAUGUUGUUCAGCAAAUUGAGAAGACCAAGACCGACAAGAAUGACAGACCCUAUCAGGAUGUGAAGAUCUUGAAUGUUACGGUGCCCAAGACAUAAGCUCCUGUUUAACCAACUGGGUUGCUACAUUACCGGCUGAAGGACGAUUCACUGACCUGUCUGAGAUAAAUUUGCUUCCGUUAAUUAUCCCAGAAGGGUCGUGGUGCUUCGAGUUUACCUUCUCCACCAGACGAGUGGAGCAAGACCAUGCAACUUGUUCCUGGACCAUCAAAGUUCUACCGGGCUUUUGACUGAGAGCCAUGACCAAAGGCUAAAUCAUAACAAUUUUCGCUGUGCACAGAACUAUUUCCCCAAAAUUUAUCACGGGAAAAACUGACAUCCUAGUAGUUGCACGAGGAUGAGUGCGGAUUUUUCCAAUGCACGUUUUAAGUUUGUAUCUUGAUGAGAAUGUUUUGUAAAACGCUGAUAUAGUUUCCUGGCGUUAUAGCAGUCUGAUUUACGCAUGUUGAUGUUGACGGUUGAACCGAUGGUCGUGUCUUCGCUGACCAAGUGUAAACGGACAAGGGAAGGUGGAAUCUUUCCAUUCCUUGGCCGUCGGUGUGUACCUUUUCUAUUGGUACAAACGGUGGAUAUAUUAUUGCCGCGGGAACCUGGACUGCGUAGGAGAAUAGGAGGCAUCUGUUUACGUGUUGGGUGUUCCCAUGGUGUGAUCACUGUCACAGUAAGUAAGCUGACUGAUUCUACUCAAA